AAAACGAACAACAGUACAACGGGAACACUGAACGACGACGUAUCGUAACGACGAAACAUAAACCAAAAAAUUCUAACGCACGAAAAAAAGCUCAUUAAAUAUUACACAGUUAAAAAAAAUAUAAGAAAAAAUUGGGAAAAAAAGAAACAACAGUAACAUAACCAUCAUACAUGCAUACAUACACACACAUAUGUCUAUAUAAACUUAGCCUAUACACCACUGAGGGAAAGGAAACACCAUAAUAACAUUUGCCAACUAAGCAAAGAAUAUCGAAAAUUUCCCCAUAUAACUCCAUUGAAACAACUCAAGGCAUAUGAUAAACCAUUAAAAACGACAAAAACGAAAAGAAUUCUUAAAAAGUAUUCUCAAACGAAGAAAAAUCCAAAAAAUAUAUUUAAAGAAAAAAUUCAAAUAUUUAAUAACAACAUUAACAAAGUUUUUAAACGCAACAUAAGUUAACAAGACCCUCCUCGCCAACACAACCACAACCAACACCACCACCCAAUAACCAACAACCAUUGCAAAGCCAGAGAGGGUAGAAGAGAAAUUUUUCAAAACGUUGACGACAAAAAAAAUCAAUAAUUGCCAACAAGCCAAAAGGUUAAAGGCACUCACUCACCACCACUGGGGGCUGCUCUGCUUGAAUUGCAACAAUGACCGGCCACCAUAUGGUAGCGGAGAAAAUAUAAAAUCUUUGGAAAAAAAGAAAUAUUUCCAAAAAGAAAAUAAUAAAACGCCCAGUGAACAAAAGUUUUAAGAAAAUACUUGAUAACAAAAAAGGUGUUUUGUUUUGGUGUGCAAUUAAAAAGAAAAAAUUAAAGUUGAUAACCAACCAACCAACCAUCCAAACCAAAGCCAACAAUAUGUUAAGUGUGGGUGGUGGAAUAUGCCUGAAAACACUUGUGGCCAUUAUUGUAAUGCUUAGCAUUCUGGGUCAAUGCGAAAUGUCAAUUUAUCCAGGUCUUCGACGUAGACCUUUACAACCAGCUCAAAGCUCCUCCUACGAAGUUAAUUCGGACUUUCUUACUCAACUAAUGGAAGAGAAUGCCCGCCGACGGUUGCAGCAACAAUUCGAACAACAUCUGGAAUUGAUCAAUUUGAAGUUGUUGCGACAGCGACAACGUGAAGAGCGCAUGCGUGAACGUUAUCGCCAGCAACAAUUGGCUGCCAUGGCAGCGGAAAAUGAUGAGGACUAUGAUUAUGUGCGAAAGUUUAAGGAGAAUGCGGACAGCAAUUUGGAUACCAGCGCUGUCCAAAGCGGCAAUAACAAUAACAACAAUCUGCAGUUUGUCGAUCAAUACGACAACACCAAUCAGGAUUUCAGUUACAAAUAUCCCAGUCUCGAGAAUAUCCACAAUCUCAGGGAUCGCAUUAAUUUUGCCGUUAAUCCCAAUGAUCCCCGCUAUUAUGAGACCAUCGAUGACAAUGCUGGUGGUUAUAUGGUGGGCAAUAUGGAAGCUAGCAGUGUUGUUGAGCAGUUAAGAGAUGAAGAUGCCGGUGCGGGUGUUGAUGAUGAAGGCGUUGAAAUGGAUAAAGAAGAGGAUUUAGAUUCGCAGGUCUUGGAAGAAUACGAAGAAUAUACACCGCAAGAAAAUAACAAUGAGGCAGAUGCCAAGAACUCUGGAAAAGUUGCCGAAGAUCCUUCGACAAUGGUUUUGCCACCCCAGCAAGCUGGUAUUGUGGGUCAAAGUGGUAAUGCCAAUUUUUAUCGCAUCAAACCACAAUCGGCUUCAGCAGCGGCGGCCGCUGGUGUAAAUGGGGUCAAUGUGAAACAAAUGCAGAUGGGAGGAGUGGCGCCGGCACGUCAAGAUAUGACAUCGUUGCUUGACAAAUUGCAUCCCAAAGGUAACCAGUUGCCGGCUAUGGAAGGCUCAAAUGAAGCGCACAUGGUGGUGCGUGAGCAUUUGGGCAUGAAAGGCGAAAUGGGCAUGUAUGUGGUGGCGCUUAUAGCAGGCGUGAGUGCAGCAGCUACUGUAGGACUGUUUGUCUUGGGCAUAGCAUGGUACACAUUCCAUAAUCGAAGUAAAGCUGCUGCUGAUGUCGAUUAUCCCGCCUAUGGUGUAACCGGUCCCAAUAAAGACAUCUCACCAUCGGGCGAUCGCAAGUUGGCUCAAAGUGCCCAAAUGUACCAUUACCAGCAUCAGAAACAACAGAUCAUUGCUAUGGAAAAUCGUCCAAACAAUGAGGAGAAUUGUGAAAUGUCUUAUGUGGAGAGUGACGAUGAUAAUGAGGAGGGUGAUUAUACAGUGUAUGAAUGUCCAGGUUUGGCACCGACUGGCGAAAUGGAAGUGAAGAAUCCAUUGUUUUUGGAUGAUACACCAGUUACACCAUCGUUGGGUAAUCAUCCCAUAACUCAGGUUUCGGCACAACAGCCCUCGGUAAAGAAGAUCUUUGAAAAGAGCCAACAGCAGUCGUCGACCUUGGCUGCUGCAACAGCAUCAGCUGCAACGUCUUUCGAUGAUAAAAAACCAAAGAAAUCAAAGAAAUAAAGAUAAGGAGGUCGAAAGAGGAAAGCUAGAUAGAACAACAACAAAAACGGCAGCAGCAGAACCAGCAGCAGCAACAAUAAGAAACAUUUCUUUCUUUUGCUAACUACUCACCUCAAACCUGUAAAAGACUAUAUAGACUACAAGAUUUCCAAAAUGUGUGGAACAGUAUGAAGGAUAAGGCAUAUUUCUUAACUAUGAGAGUUAUGUAUAUAGAUUUAUAAAACAUUCAAACCCUCUUUUCUCUCAGUGGUUCAUUAGUAAGUUGUAGUCUCUCUCUCUCUCGUGAUUGGGGUCCAAGCAGUGACUGACACCUACAUGUGCAGGAUUCACUAAUAGAAGGUUGCAUCAAGAUAUAUUCAUUUACAGGUAGUGGCAGUUGCCCAACAACAAAAUAUUGAGUGCACUAUCUGUCAAAAUCAGUGAUGAGUGCAACUCAUGUAUUUUUGUGUAUGUAACGAGUUCGCUCCAUUUUUCGUUGUUUGUAUGUGCUAUGGUUCUUAACUGCAAUAUACACAUACACGACCAAAACUCGUUGACAGAUAGUGU